AUGUCCGACGGAGGAUUCAACGCCAACAACGAAGGGUUCCAUCAGGUCUUUGUGACUGAACCCUGUCGCCGAUGCGACUAUAAAUUCCAUUAUCCCGAAGGCACGCCGUGGAACGUUGUUAACGAUAUGGUCAACAACCAUUGGAGUGUAUGCCCAGGAAGCAUCAGCGCAAGUAUGGCAAAAUCGCGCCACAUGGCCGCCGCCGACCCUAGAUACUCUGGGGCGCUUUCGGUGCAGGAGGGUUUGGAGGGAGGUUCUUCAAAUGACGAAAAUGACGCAGACACCCAAGUCAGGCGCAACCGGAAGAAGAAUAUGAUGGACGAGACCGAGAGGAAAAAGAAGCUUGAGGAGGACCCCUGGGCCCUUGAGGUCACACCCGUCAGUGUACGAUGCGGCGCCUGUACGCGGCUCGUAAGCCUCGACAAACGAUCGCGAUAUUAUCCUGGGUUGUGGUUGAAGCACCGCGAGAAAUGCAUGGAAAUCAAGCGGCUGGAAGCCCUCGAGCAUGAGCAGGGCGAUAAACAGGAGUCAACGUCCGGUUCACCUGCAAAAAAGCGAUCGAAGGGGAAGGAGGUGCAUCAUGAUUCUGAUCUUAAUAACGCCCGAUCAUCGGACUUGAAAGAGAAAGGGGUUCAGGAGAAUACUGAAGACCAGACUCAGUCACCGCCUGCCACGGAGGAGACUAGCGAAAGCCGACAGGGUAGCCAACACACUCUCGAAGCGGCGGAGUCGUUUGCCGAGAGUUCAAACCGCUCGGAAGAUUUUACAAGCACACGACUCAUUGGAAAACGGCGUCGUAGCUCGUCUUCUGGACGCGGGGUCCCCACUGCGGGGGCAGAGACCUAG